UUCCUCUCCCUCACUCUUCGCCACUGCCUCGCUCCGGUUUCUUCCCUCGAAGGGAAGACAAAGGCAACUCCGAUCGCCGAUUUGGAUCCAUUUCUGCUCCCGCUUUUGUUUCUGGUUUCGAUCUGGUAAAAGGAAUCGGGGGGAAGUCAUGGAGCCGCCCUUUCUUCUCUUUCUACUAGCUCUGUUGUCCACCGCCCUAGCCGACGAAGGUGCUUACAUCGGCGUCAACGUCGGCGUCGCGCUCUCCGACAUGCCGUCGCCGACGCAGGUGGCAGCGCUGCUGAAGUCGCAGCACAUCGACCACGUCCGUCUCUACGACGCCGACCCGGCCAUGUUGGUGGCGCUCGCCAACACCGGCAUUAGCGUUACCAUCUCCGUCCCCAAUGAGCAGAUCCUCGCGGUAGGCCAGUCCAACGCCACCGCCGCCAACUGGGUCGCCCGCAACGUCGUCGCCCACGUUCCCGCCGUCAACAUCACCGCCAUCGCCGUCGGCUCCGAGGUCCUCACUGCCCUUCCCAAUGCCGCUCCGCUCCUCGUCCCUGCUCUCCGCUACAUCCACUCAGCUCUAGUUGCCGCCAACCUCGACGGCGCCAUCAAGGUAUCCACCCCGCACUCCUCCUCCGUUAUCCUUGAUUCCUUCCCGCCGUCGCAGGCCUUCUUCAAUCGCACCCUCGAACCCGUCAUCGUUCCCUUGCUCAAGUUCCUUCAAUCCACCGACUCCUAUCUCAUGCUCAAUGUCUACCCUUACUAUGACUACCUUCAAUCCAACGGCAUCAUCCCGUUGGACUACGCUCUAUUCCGCCCGCUGCCGCCCAACAAGGAGGCCGUCGACGCCAACACUCUGCUCCACUAUACUAACGUCUUCGACGCGGUCGUUGACGCGGCCUACUUCGCCAUGGCCUACCUCAACGUCACCAACGUGCCCGUGGUGGUGAUGGAAUCAGGCUGGCCGCACAAGGGCGACCCGACGACCGAGCCGGACGCCACCACAGACAACGCUAACACCUACAACAGCAAUCUUAUCCGUCACGUGCUCAACAGUACUGGCACGCCGAAGCACCCAGGCGUGACGGUGCCCACCUACAUCUACGAGCUCUACGAUGAGGACCUCCGGCCGGGGGUGACGUCGGAGAAGUUCUGGGGUCUGUUCGACGCCAAUGGCGUGCCGGCCUACUCACUGCACCUGACAGGAUCAGGCAUGCUGCUGGCCAACGACACGUCGAACCAGACGUUUUGUGUGGCUAGGGAAGGGGCGGACGCGAAGAUGCUGCAGGCAGGGCUUGAUUGGGCGUGCGGGCCAGGGAAGGUGAAUUGCUCUGCGUUGCUUCAGGGUCAGAUCUGUUAUGAUCCUGAUUCAGUGGAUGCACAUGCUUCGUAUGCAUUCAAUGAGUACUACCAUGGGACAGGGAUGGCUGCUGGGGCAUGCUACUUCAGUGGAGUUGCUGCUAUCACCACUACAGAUCCAAGUCAUGAUUCUUGUUUGUUUGCCGGAAGUGGAGGAAGGAACAGCAGUGCAAUUCUGAAUGGCACACCAUUAGCGCCUUCCUCCAACUCCACAGCUGCAGCCGCCUCCAGUGACCCCCAUAGUUUCUACCACGCCACAGGAAUUCAUCAGAUCGUUACGGUUCUUGCACUGGGUCUGGUUUUCUUGUAGCUUAGCAUUCUUUGCCAUUUUUAUGGAUCGUAACUGGCGGUGCUGUGUUGAAGUGCAAGGGAUGGGAAUCAAUUCAAUGAUCCAUGAACAAGUUCUGUUGGAUCCACUCCCGUUUUUGUGUUAUGCUCAGGUGUCGGGAAGUGAGAUGAAGAGAGGUGGAUAGAUUGAUUCAUUGUUGAAAUUACCUCCCUUGUAGUGAAUCAUUUUGUACAAACACAAUUGGCGCUCUAACGCUACAAUGUAUUAUUGGAGUUUUGGGGUCGACUGACAA